AAGUCUCGUUUUACCCCGCGAUAGCGACUUGAGAUGUGACGUCAUUGCUGAUGUUCAGCAUGGACGUGCAAACAAACAGCGGCGCCUCUGCGCGAGCUGAAAGAAAGGAGCGAGAAAAGGCGAAAAUAAUCCAGCGAGAGAAACAACGACAGACGGUGAAAACGAUCUCCCAGAUCCUCCAGAAGUGUGAUGGAGAGCGGACGCAGGAGGAGCGGUCGCUGCUGCAGGCGCAUCAGGACACGGUUCAGGAGCUGAGCAGACGACAGAGCCGCAGACACCUGCUGAAGAGAAAACUAGAGGAGGUCUUUGACGAGGCUGAGAACUUGAAGACUAAAGUGAAGCAGCUGGCGGAGGCAGUCCAGCAGGCCAAGCACGUGGUCAUCUACACCGGAGCAGGAAUCAGUACUGCCGCCUCUAUCCCAGACUAUCGGGGGCCCAAUGGGGUGUGGACUCAGCUGCAGAAGGGCCGUUCUGUGAGUACAUCAGAUCUGAGUCGAGCUGAGCCCACCCUCACACACAUGUGCAUCUGGAUGCUACAUAAAUUUAAGAUGGUUCAGCAUGUGGUCUCACAGAACUGUGACGGUCUUCACCUGCGCAGCGGUCUGCCCAGACACGCCCUCUCUGAACUCCACGGAAACAUGUUCAUUGAGGUGUGUGCUUCCUGCUCUCCAGCACGAGAAUUUAUCCGUUUGUUUGACGUGACCGAGCGUACGGCUCUGCACAGACACGGGACCGGCCGGCUGUGUCCUCAUUGCAGAGCAGAGCUCAGAGACACCAUAGUGCAUUUCGGUGAACGUGGCACUCUGGAGCAACCGCUCAACUGGAAGGGGGCAGCGGAGGCCGCACAGCAGGCUGACGUGAUCCUCUGUUUGGGCUCUAGUUUAAAGGUGUUAAAAAAAUACUCUUGCUUGUGGUGCAUGAAUAGACCAGCCAACAAAAGACCAAAGCUGUACAUUGUAAAUCUUCAGUGGACACCAAAAGAUAACUUAGCUACUCUGAAAAUUCAUGGAAAGUGUGAUGCUGUGAUGGCUCUUCUCAUGGAGGAGCUGGGUUUGGAAAUUCCAGUUUACAACAGAUCACAAGACCCCAUCUUCAGCUUGGCUAAACCACUCUGUCCACAAGAGCAGAAGAGUCACACUCGUAAAGAGAUAGUUCCACCUGCUGCUCUGGAGGACGUUUCGCAAGAGGUGCAGGCUCAAGGCGAAGGUACAGCAGUUCAAGGUGGCUGGUUUGGAAGAGGUUACUCCAAAGCAAGAAGGAAAAAGAAGACUUUGUAGUUCCUAAAGCAUGACAUGCCACACAGCUGCUCAGAUGGCCAUUUUGGCUUGGCUUGGAAGCAUCACACUCGCUGCUUGAAGAAAUGUUGCUGAUUGGCCAUUUCUGAUGAAUAUGUGUGAUGUUAUAACCUCAUGGGUUAUAGAUAACUGCUUUUCUUAAAACAUAACUAUAUGUCUCUGAAAAUAACUAGUAAGACCUCUCCAAUAGAGCAAAGAAAAGGUUUACUUGUGAGCAGUUUGGCUGGUCUACAUGAUGGUAUGUUUUUGAUAAGUGCACUUUACUUCCAAUCUCAGGUUUAUAGAAUAAGCAAUAUAUGAUUCUCAUGACAGCAGUUUUAUGAGACCUCCAUUUGUUGCAGGUUUUUUAUUUAUUUAUUAAAAUUAUAGUUUACUCACCCAUAUGUUGUUUAAAACCCUGUGUAACACACAAAUGUAGUUUUGCAUUUUGAGCUCUAAAAAAGUACCAUAAAAGUUGUCCGUACAAUUUGUGUGUUCUGUUCCAAGUCUUCUGAAGCCGUACAGUUGCUUUGUGUGACGGCAGAAUAUAAUUGUUGUUACAAAGAAAGAACGGUGCGACUGUGAACUUUAUUUUUUGUUCCAAGGGAGACACGUUUAGGAACAUGUGGAUGAGAAAAUGAUCAUUUUUAUUUUUGGGUGAAAUUUAUAGAAAUAUAGUUGUUUACAUAAAAAGUCAGUGUUACUGGAUUUAGUAAAAAUUAAUGCUUUAUUUCAGUCCACUAUUAAAAUAAUUAGACAUACUGGUCCUCAACCAAAUAAGAGUAGGUGUAUAUUUUAAUUAAAUUUUUUAUAUUGACCUUUAACAAAUGGUGCUAUAACUGAUUAGAACCAGAAUUGUAACCUUUCAUGUCUAAAUAUAGGACUUUAUUUAUACAUAUGAGGAAUAAAACCUCACAUGUGGACUUUGUUACUAUAAUUGUAAUAAUCUGAACUGAGAUAAAUGUUUGCACAGAUGUGUAACUAGCAUUAAACUUUGAGUUGGAUGUUGUGUUUGAAAACAGAACUGCUGUAAGUGCCAUUGCUUCUUUGAUUUUGUAUCGAUUACUAUGUUUUGUCCUAGUUUACAUUUUAUUUCAGAUGUUUGGAUUUCUACAUACUACUGUGAAGAAAACUUGUGGAUUUAUAUGAUAUACUUGUACUGAAAAUCAAAAUGGACCAUUAUAAAUUCUGCCACAAUAAAUUGUCUUCUCUUCUUGUAAGGUACAAGAUUUA